AUCUAAGUAUUACAAACUUUAAAAAAUGGAAAGCGAAGAUCUAAACGUGGAUACAGCAAAGCAGGAAGGCAAACGUAUAUCAAAACCGCUGAUGGAAAAGCGACGCCGAGCAAGAAUAAAUCAAAGUUUGUCGGAGAUGAAAAACUUGCUUUUGGACGCCAUUAAACCAGAUAACCCAAGGCAUUCCAAGUUAGAAAAGGCAGACAUUUUGGAAAUGACAGUGCGCCACCUACAAGAUUUCCAUCGACAAAGACGAACAGCCACACUGGUUAACGACCCUCAACUGACGAACAAGUUUCUCGUCGGGUUUGAAGAGUGUGUUCGCGAGGUAGAGCUGUAUCUAAAGAAGCAAGAUGGCGUGAAAGAAGACACCCGGCAGCGCCUUCUGCAACACCUAACAAAACGAGUAAAAAACAUAAAAGAGACAGAGAACGAGGAGUCUGAUUCAUUGUCUCCUCUACCCCGUACCUACAGCGCCACUAUCCAGCACUGCCGAUCCUCUUGUUCAGACUCAACAGAAUACUGUUGCCACGUUAAUAAAAGUCCAGAUACGACAGCGUCCUCUAACGGUUAUGGUGAGCGACGUUCCAGUAAUUCUAGUGGUUGUGGGUGUUGUUCUGUUGGAAUUGCCGAAUUUCAUCUUGUUCCAAAACGCUUGUCGAACGGAGAACUGGCUUUGGUGUUGCCCCAGAAAAUAACUAGUGCUGUCAAUUGCUUGGAUAAGAAGCUAUGCAGUGUUAGUGCUCUUGGACUUACCCAUUCGGAUUCGGAUUCAUCAACGCUUCAUCAGGAUGUGCCUUCUGCAGUUUCCUCUUCUUGGCACGAAGCCGAUUCCACCGUGCUUGGCCCCACCCACAAACACUUCAGUUCAGAAACCCCGAGCCCCAUGUCGAGCGAAGCGUCCGAUGUCAGCUCGGAUGAAUCAGUUGGGAGACCUCGAGAACCACAACAAGCUCAUCCUUCGCAUCCACUGGACCACAGUUUCUUAGUUUCUCCUGGUGAUCAUUCUCCCUUUCCGGAUAAUGUCUGGCGCCCUUGGUGA